AUGAACGUUUGUACGGAAUAUGACAAACGUAUUUUCAAUUUCAUGCAACGGCAGAAUUGUUGCUUAAGAUGUUGUUUCCGUUUCAUUGGAUGCCGUACACCGGAGUGCUACUUGAACCCUAUUAAAUUUGCAAAGGCCGCUGGAUAUAUUGAAGCAAAUGAUACUAGUUUCAGAAAGAUCUGUUGCAUGGCUUGUUUGGGGAUUCUCCAGAAAGAUGUACAAGAACAAAUCAUUGAAAAAAUUCGCGUUAAGGUGGACAAAGAGAAUUACGACUGCAGAACGUUUGUAUGUGCGUUGACAAUACCAGUAUGCGUCAAUCUCAGAGAACGUUUCUUAUGUAUACACUGCGCUACCCAACUUAAUCUUUCAGAGGAUGCGUUGCUAGAUCUUAAAAUCAGAUUGCAGAACGUUAAAGAUAUUUGGAAAUGGAUGGUGACCCCUAAAAUAGGGCAGGCUAUUGAAAAGCAGAUGGAUUCAACAACACCUUCUCCGUUUUUAAUUGAAAUUAUUUUAACGUACAAAUUUAACAAAAAAGAGUGUGAAGUGUUAUUGUCGUCUAAAGAGACAAACAACAUAGAAAGUAAACGGAAAAAAAGAAGUUAUGACAAUAGAUUUAGUAGAAAAAGUAUGGAGGCUCUGAUGGCCAAAUUAACAGACAAUGAAUUUUUCGAGUACUUCAAAUAUGUGUCAUUUGAAAAGUUUGCCACUGUCGAUGUGGAAAACAUUAUUUGCUCGCAUUCGAGUAUUUUCAUAGGAGGGCGGUAUAAUAAAUUAUCUAGGGAACUCAGUCAAACUCCAUGGUUUAUAAACGGUGAGAAAAAGAUGCAGACGUCUGUUCAAGAUAUAUUGUGUACUCCUAUCAUUGAAGUAACAAAAGCUCAGUCUAUUAAGUUCUUGUCAUCUGGAAGAGAAGACGUAGAUGUUAGAAAUAUUUAUAAUGGAAGACCAUUCGCAAUCGAAUUAAUUAAUCCUCAAAUGACCAAGAUAACAGAGGAGCUAUUGUCAGAUUUAGUUGAGAAAAUUAAUCAAUCCUCGUGGCAAGUACAAAUCACAUCAAGCUUAAAAGUUUUAUCUAGGCAUGAUCUGAAAAGGUUGAAAGAAGGGGAGAACGUUAAAACGAAAUUUUAUCGAGCGCUUUGCAUCUGCCGUAACGCAUCUAGAGAUAUGUUGUCUCUUGAAAAAUUAAAUAAUUUAAAACGCGUGAAGAUAGUCCAGAAAACGCCAGUGAGAGUGUUGCAUCGGCGACCUUUAAGUCCCAGGGAACGGUUGAUAUAUGAAAUGAAAGCUCGCUGGGUUGAACUUCAGGAAUUAAAGAAGCUGAACAUUACCGACAAUACUAGCACAUUUUUCGUGCUAGAUAUUAAAACGCAAGCGGGGACAUACAUAAAGGAAUUUGUGCACGGAGAUUUUGGUCGAACUAAACCAAGCUUGUGCGACAUUCUUAACGUCGAGACCGAUAUAGUCGCGUUGGAUGUGACGGGGAUCAAUUUAAACUGGCCAUAAAAGUUUAAAUUGAUUUUUUUUUUUAGUAUCUGAAAUAUUUUUAUGUCCCUAUUUGUAAAAAUUAUAUAUAUA